AUCUGUUUGGCUGCUCUCUUCCAAAGUUGCAUUGCAAGGAUAAUAUCCGUUAAAUAAAAAAAAAAAAAGCGAAAAGAUAUCCAUUAUAUUAGUAGUAUAUUAUGAAAAUAAAAAAAUUUAAAAAAUAUAUCUCCGUCUUCCAGUAACGAAGAAAAUGGCUACCACUACGACUGCUGCUGUCACCAAAUUUUUCUCUAACUCCAAAAACACCGUCAAAACUUGUCAAUGCUCUCUCCAAAAUCUCUGCGUUUCACUUUCAAGUUCUAAACCUACAUUCACUUCAAUUACUUAUUUCUCUAUCUCAAUUCCCAGUUUUAAAUCAUGGAAAAUGAGUCCCUCCUCCAAGAGAUUCCGUCGCCUCUCCUGCAGGGCCAUUUCCACUGCCACCACCACCAAUUACGAGUUUUCUGAUGGAUCUUCAGAGGUGGAAUUGAGAAUACCACUUGGGAGCCAAGUUUUUAAGAGUUCCAAAGAUAUAUUUGUGGAUGCAGAUGGCACCUCCUUAAUUGUUAGAGUACGAAGCUCGGGCUUUCAAACCACACUUAUAGAAACUAAUCAUCUAUUUCACAAAAUAAAGCCUUCUGAAACUAUCUGGUAUAUAGAUGACGAUCAGCUUGUUGUUAACUUGAAAAAGCAAGAUCCAGAUUUGAAAUGGCCUGACAUUGUGGAGUCAUGGGAAUCAUUGACAGCAGGAGCUAUGCAGCUUCUAAAAGGGACAUCAAUCUACAUUGUUGGUGAUUCAACUGAAAUAAACCAAAAAGUAGCUCGAGAACUUGCAGUCGGUCUUGGGUAUACACCCCUUGAUACACAAGAGUUGCUGGAAACAUUUGCCAAGCAAACAAUUGAUUCAUGGGUUCUUGCUGAAGGUUCUGAUGAUGUAGCUGAUGCAGAAAGUGCGAUACUGGAAGGUCUGAGUAGUCAUGUUCGAGCUGUUGUUUCAACAUUAGGAGGGAAACUAGGAGCUGCUGGAAGGGCUGAUAUAUGGCAACAUCUUUAUGCAGGAUUUACUGUAUGGCUGUCACAGACUGAAGCUAUGGGUGAGGAUUUAGCAAAGGCAGAGGUGAGAAAGCAUAUUCAAGAUGGUAGCCUAGCAUACACAAAUGCUGAUGUGGUUGUCAAGGUCCAAGGUUGGGAUGCAGAUCAUGCAAAAAGUGUAGCUCAGGCAUCACUGAGUGCACUCAAACAAUUAAUUCUGUCAGACAAGGAACUUCCAGGUAAGAAGAGUCUUUAUAUUAGGUUAGGAUGUCGCGGUGAUUGGCCGAACAUCAAGCCUCCAGGUUGGGACCCGUCGGCAGAAAUGGAUACAAGCUCCUAGGACUAGAAUACCACAGAGUUUAUGCUUACUUUGAAGGGGAAAUGGUAGGGACCCUAAUAUCUUGAUUUUAUACAUUCACGUAAACUUAUUUUUAAUUUUCCAUUAACAUUUCGUUUUCUCCUUCGAAUGCUUUUUUUAUGAAUUUAUCUUCUUUUAAAGCAUUUGUGAAUAUUUCAGUGGAAAAAAAGUCCAGUGAUCUUGAUCCUGUUGUAAACUUGAAGACAAAAAGAGAGUUUUGCUCCAGUGAUCUGCUUGCAAAUUCACUAUUCAAUAUUUUUGAAAAAA